CGGCCACCGGGCACAUGUAAGUCGGAUCCCAAAAUAUCUCGGAACGGUAGUUCGAAUUAUAAGCACAUUUGAGAGGGUUACGAUACGAGCGACAAGGAAAAAGUGGGUCGCGUUCCAUCAACGCAAACGAAGAAAUCCGUCGCUUCGUUUUAUCCUCUGCAUCUUAUAGGGAAAUUCUUCAACUGUACUUCUACUAACUGCUAGCUCCAUCCUCGAAACAAUGGAUGAUCCUGAACUUGAAGCAAUCAGGCAGAGAAGAAUGCAGGAACUCAUGGCCCAGCGUGGCAUGGGAAGCCAAAAUAAUCCUGAACAACAGAAGGCCCAGGAAGAAGCUAGGAGUGAAGCAGAGGAACGCAGACAAAUGAUGCUCAGUCAGAUUCUAUCAAUGCAAGCGAGAGAAAGACUUGCUCGGAUUGCAUUGGUUAAACCUGAGAAGGCGAGAGGUGUUGAAGAUGUUAUACUAAGAGCUGCACAGAUGGGCCAAAUUGUAGAAAAGGUAUCUGAAGAGAGGCUUAUAACUUUGCUUGAACAGAUCAACAACCAGACCACAAAACAAACGAAAGUCACUAUACAAAGGCGUCGAAGUGUUCUUGAGGAUGACGAUUAGCAAGUGAGAAGGAUUGCACACCUUAUAUGAUGUAUGCAUAUACCAGCAGUCUUGGCUGUAUGUUUAUUGCUUGUGCGACACAAUAUCUACCUUUUUAUGUAUUUACUCUGCUGCAUUACUUUAUCAUGAUCCCCCAUAUUCUCACCUCAGAAUGCGAGAGCUCCUCAGAGUUGGCUGUUAUUACGCCAUUGUUGCAGUCAAAUUCGCCAAACUAUUAUCCUGUAUGACAGUGUCAGGUUAUUGUUUUGCUUUCUAAUUUGUGAUUGUUAAAGAGGAAUUUAAUUUCCUUCAGUUCUGAGUGUAUUUUAAUCAAGAGAUUGAUCUGUCACUGUCUGAUGCAAUCCACACAAAUCUGGAACCAUUGAAUACAGCUCUUGAUGAAGGGUUGCUUUGGAUUGCUGUUUACAAGUUAAGUGAUGAAACAUGAAAGUGCAUUUAGUACCAUCUUCUGUUUCAAUAUAAUUGUGGAAGUUAGCAA